AUGUCUAAACGCGGUGUGUUUCUCCUUUUCGAGGGCGUGGAUCGCUGUGGUAAAACGACGCAGACCAAGAUGCUUCAUGAUGCGUUAAAUGCCACCUCAUCUUCUCCAUGUGCUACUUUAUUACACUUUCCAGAUCGUAGCACAGCCAUAGGCAAAAGUAUCCACUCAUACUUGACAAGUUCAGAAGCCAUGGAUGACCAUGUCAUUCAUCUUCUCUUUUCAGCCAAUCGAUGGGAAGCAGCUCGUAAAAUUGAAGCUCUUCUUGCUAGCGGUCGACAUCUUAUCGUAGAUCGCUAUUCAUUCAGUGGAGUAGCAUUCUCUGCUGCCAAGAGCGGGAUGUCUCUUGAUUGGUGCUGGGGACCGGAGAUUGGUCUUCCUCAACCAGAUGCCGUUAUCUUUUUGGAUGUACCAGUUACUCAAGCAGCUAAACGUACUGACUUUGGUCAAGAACGAUACGAGACUCUCUCUUUUCAAGAACAAGUGUACUCUCAGUUUCAAGAACUUAUGAAACGUGUAACCCCAAAGUGGCAUAUUGUCGAUGGAACGGGUACAAUUGCUCAAGUGCAUGAUCAAGUCAUGAACAUAGCACUUGAAACCAUUGAAAAGAAUACUCACUUACCAAUUGUAUAUUUUGAUAAAUUGUAG